AUGGAUGAGGAUAUGGUGGACGCCGGUCGUCGAGGCCGGCACCAGUCUGUGCUUCGGGGGACUGAGCUAGGACAACGCCAACGCAGUAAAGACAAUCUGAACCAUGCUAGAAUCAUGGAGCCGGACAGCUUGCUUGGCCAAUUCUCGUUUGCACCAGCUACGCAAACCACUGUUGUCACUACAACCACGACUACUACUACCAAGUUCCCUCCCUUAUUCAUCCGUCCACUGCGGCGGACGAAAGACUUGGAUCUCAAGCAAUAUCCUUUGGCAGCUAGCCCCACUCCAGCCGGGCUGAAGAAGAUUCACUUCGAAAUAGGUGGAAAGCACACAAUCUUUCACGAAGCGGAAGAUGCGGCGGUGGCACUGGAGCAGCUGCAAGAGGAGCAACGGUCUCUUCGAAAUGCCAACGGGGCAAUCGAGACCGUGGAAGCCCAACAGCCCUACUUCGAUGUCCCGUCAGCAGGCUCCAAGUUUACCUCCGUCCGACGGAGAGUGCAGAAGAGACCAGCUUCUCCAGACUCUAUCACUGACAGCGAAGAUCACCCCCGAUCUCACGAACCUUCGUUUACGUCAAGUCGAGCCGGCCCAUCGACGAGGCAUUACCCCGAACACCUCGUAUCGAAUGCCUACUACCAAUCGAUAAACCCAAUCACCCCAGACAGCAACCCAAAAUCCAGCAAUGGAUCGCGCGUACUCAAUAUGCGAGCCACGCGAGAGCCGCGAGAGCAGGCCAGUUCCUCCCGAAGCAUGAGUGCGCUUCUUCCCUCGCCAAAUAUGAGCCAACAGCCAUCAUUUCUAAACAUACAACCCUCAUCACCAAGCUCGAGCCAAUAUCAUUCCCUAGAACCAGAAGAUGGACCGGUCUCUCCGGCCGAUCAACCCCAUCUAGAACAACGGGGUCAUAGAGAUAUUUCACAAGAAACCGCAGUUCCUACGCCACCUAUAAUUGAGGAUUCUGAGCUGUCUUCAGCAAGGCCUCUCAGUCGGCGUGCUCUCUCAUCCGUACCAGCUCGGUUGCACGUCGCGGAAAGCCCCUCCGUACAGGACGGAAGUCUUCCUAGUCCGAGUCUUUCUCCCGUCACGGCUGCUGCAACACUACAAAAUGCUGGAUACUUUGGAGAUGCCGACUCAAAUCCGGAAAUCACCUCACAACAUGACGGGGCAUCAAGAGUUCUUGUGCCGGACAGACAGGCAUCCAGUUCCUUUCGCUCCCCUCCGAUGGUCGAGUCGCGUUUUCGUCACGAACCUCGCCAACUCUCUCGUUUUGCCAAUGGUUCAGUCACCGAAAUCCCGGCAAUGCUUGACUAUUUUGAAGCGAUUCCGGAUGGACUUAAGAGCUACGUUAUGCACCAGCUACUCCGCCGGUGCCCGAAAUCUACGCUUCAAGUCGUUGCGGACGCCGUCAACCCGGCGUUGAAGUGCGAUUUCCUCUCCCUCCUCCCACCCGAAUUGGCAUUAAACAUCCUCAAAUAUCUUGAUUUCAGGAGUCUGUGCAGGGCAUCACAGGUGUCAAGAAAAUGGCGGCAGAUGGUCAACAGCGACGAAGGAGCCUGGAAAGAAUUAUUUGAUGCAGACGGGUUUAUAUUGCCAGAAGGAGAACUGCAGCAGGCCAUUGCCGAAGGUUGGGGUUGGCAAGACCCCAGCCCCCAUGGGUUCGAAGAGAACAUCGCCGAUUCGGCUUCUACCCAGUACGAAACCACGCCUGAGCCCGCUUCAAAUCGGUUUAGUGGCAUUCUUCGAACGAAGCGCAAGGCCUCCGUGAUGUUGUCCAAUCAGAAGGUCAAACGAGUCAAGUCUGAUCGCCUGGAUCCCUCGGUUGACGUCACUUCUGCCGACUUGGUGGACGAGGUCUCCGCCGCCGACGGCCCAUAUAAUGCGGCACAUUCGGCGCUGAUGGCGGUUCCCCAACCGGAUGUUGGCCUGCCGGGUCUCGCAGGUUUGCAUCUCUACAAAUCACUCUAUCGGAGACACUAUCUUAUUCGAAGAAACUGGAUGUUCGAAGAUACGAAACCUCAACAUCUUGCGUUUCGCGCGCACGACACUCACGUGGUCACUUGUCUCCAGUUUGAUACCAAUAAGAUCGUGACGGGGAGCGAUGAUAACAACAUCAACGUUUACGAGACCAAGACCGGCAUCUUGAAGGCCAUCCUGACCGGACACGAAGGGGGGGUUUGGGCUUUGCAAUACGAGGGAAACACUUUGGUUUCAGGGUCGACAGAUCGAUCAGUACGAGUCUGGAAUAUCGAAGAAGCACGGGAAACCCAAGUCUUCCGUGGGCACACAUCAACAGUACGAUGUCUUCAAAUCGUGAACCCCGUCCAAGUUGGAGAAAAUGCAGAAGGCCGGCCCAUCAUGAUGCCUAGACAGCCUCUAAUCAUCACCGGAUCCCGCGACUCUACCUUGCGAGUGUGGAAGCUUCCGCGGCCGGAAGAUCCCGACUUCAUCCAACCUGAGAACGAGUUUGAUGCGGAUGAUUGUCCCUACUUUGUACGAACCUUGUCUGGUCAUCAACACUCUGUUCGUGCGAUCGCAGCGUACGCAGAUACCUUGGUGAGUGGAAGCUAUGACUGCACGGUCCGUGUCUGGAAAAUAUCCACAGGCGAAACGAUCCAUCGCCUCCAAGGCCACACACAGAAGGUUUACAGCGUUGUCCUCGACCAUGAACGCUUCCGUUGCAUAAGUGGCUCCAUGGACAACAUGGUGCGGAUUUGGGAUCUGAACACCGGUUCUCUCAAAUAUAGCCUGGAGGGUCACACAUCCCUGGUCGGUCUGCUGGACUUGAACGACGACAAACUCGUCUCUGCAGCAGCCGACUCGACCCUCAGAAUAUGGGACCCGGAGACUGGACAGUGCAAGGCCACUCUGAGUGCACACACAGGUGCUAUCACCUGCUUCAAGCAUGACGGCCAGAAAGUCAUUUCCGGCUCUGACAGGACGCUGAAAUUGUGGAACAUCAAAACCGGCGAAUGCGUCAAAGACCUGCUCUCCGACCUCAGCGGAGUGUGGCAGGUGAAAUUCAACGAAAGGCGUUGUGUUGCAGCCGUGCAGCGCGAUGGGUUGACGUUUAUAGAGGUUCUAGACUUUGGCGCCUCCCGCGACGGCGUUCCCGAUUACGAUCUCGGCCGAAGAAUUGUCGUCGACGCUGAUGGGAUCGAAGCCAACCGUGACGACUUUUUGGAUCUGGACGGCACCACUGAUGCAUGA